GUCGCCGUGCUGGUGAUGCCGUGGAAAGCUGUGGCUGAGGUGGCUGGUUUCUGGCCGUUUGGAGGGUUCUGUAAGACCUGGCUGGCCUGCGACAUCAUGUGCUCCACGGCCUCCAUCCUCAACCUGUGCGUCAUUAGUGUGGACCGAUACUGGGCCAUCUCCAGCCCUUUUCUCUACGAGAGGAGUAUGAACAGGAAGGUAGCGUCUGUUAUGAUCGGCGUGACCUGGACAGUGUCCGUGAUCAUUUCCUUUGUUCCCGUGCAGCUGAACUGGCACCGGGCGGAGAUGGAUGAUCCGGCUGGGGAGGAUUUGGCGCUUCACGAUAAGAGUGUUGAUGGGAGCUGUGACUCCAGCCUGAGCCGCACUUAUGCCAUCUCCUCGUCCCUCAUUAGCUUCUACAUCCCCGUGGCUAUCAUGAUAGUCACAUAUACCCGUAUCUACCGGAUAGCCCAGAUGCAGAUCCGGAUGAUAUCCUCCCUGGAGCGGGCGGCGGUGCACGCGCAGAGUUGCCGCUUGGACGCACCUGAACUAUAUCCUCACCUGUGCACGGAAAUCGGUGCCAGCUCAUAUCAGUCUCAAAUCGAUCUUCAUCCUGAUUCUCAGCGCUCUAAUCGGGAGCUCACAGUCUCCAUCAGAAAAGAGACCAAAGUCCUCAAAACUCUGAGCAUCAUCAUGGGUGUUUUUGUCUGCUGCUGGUUGCCAUUCUUUGUCCUGAACUGCGCUCUGCCCUUCUGUCCCGGACCAGGGGCACCGGGGGCCCAGCGGGGUCCUCACUGCGUCAGCGAGAAAACCUUCGAUGUGUUCGUGUGGAUCGGCUGGAGCAACUCAUCCCUUAACCCGGUCAUCUAUGCGUUUAACGCGGACUUCAGAGACGCAUUCCUGCGCCUGUUGCGCUGCCGCGGAGGAGGCUGCUGCGCCGCGGUGAGCGCAGUAGUGGAGACGGUGAUGGCGAGCAACGAGGCCGGACACCUGCAGCAGGAGAGCCCGCUCAACGUGAGGCUGGCCGUCUCCUGUGCCAUGACCACCAGGGGAAGCGAGGACAGUGGGAACACAACGGUGACUUUGUUUUGUCACGGUGGGACAAGCUCGGAGCUGGUGACGGACACUGAGGAAAGUAACGACAAAGACAGACUGACGCAGAUACCUAUAUAAGUGACACUAUUCAUGAUAUGCCAUGUGCGGGGUCAGAGAGCAGGUAAACUACGCAGAGGAGGUGGAUGAUGAUGUAGAAGGCCUACAGGGACAGGAAACAGCAAAUGCAAAGUGAAUUUACUCUCAAGGUCUUCAAACAUCUACAUGAACAGCUACAUGUGCAGACAAAAAUACUCCACCUUAGAAGAUCAGAUUAACACCCAUUAUCCAUUACCAUGCAUGCAGUGGCGCCCCAAGUUGGAGUCAGGUGAUAGGAUUGCUAGCAAUAUCUUGAAAAACGAGGCAACCUGAGGCAUCCAUUGGUACCAACCAUGUCGGCAAAGCUUGUCGGGAAAGGGGCUAAAUAAUGCACCAAAUUUAGGCUAAAGUUUGUUCAGCUGGGAGCAACUGGCAUGGCAGUUUUCACAGGGGGGCCCUUGAACUCUCACCUCAAGAUAUCUGAAUGAAAAUGUGUUGUAUGGGUACCCAUGAGUCCCCCCUACAUUUGUGUAGGCUUUUUCCCAGGAAAUAUUUUGUUCAUUUGUUUGUUCCUACACAAAAAAUCCAACACUUUCUUAUUCAGACCUCAUCACAUAUUGAUGUUUUGUCCCGGAUUUUCCACAUUGAGAUACAAUGUGCAAGGUACCCUGGGUGCGUUGGUUGGUGACAUUCUUGGACGCUGUAUCAACUUCAGCCUGAUACAUGCAUUGUCUGUUUUCUACAUACACUUCUGUUUUCACAGGAAAUGUACAGUUU